AUGGGCUUCUCUUUCAAGGGGCUAACGUCCAGUGCUCUGCUUUCGAGCAGCAGGCCUACCACCGAUGCAGACCACAAGGACGUUGCUGAUGUACCUGCUUCGGUGCAAGGCCACACCAGCAUAGACGUCGAUCGUCCUAAUGAGAAGCUGGGGGCACCCCAUACUGCUGGUUCCAGUGAUUUUGACUCUGAUGAGGAGUUGAAUAGGGUCGAUACCACGGCUGAGGCCGGUGUCCAGGCUGUCCAAGCUGCCUCCAUGCUAUGGACCAAGAGGGACCUUAUUCUUGCAUACAUUUUUAUGUGGCUCAUUCAAUUCUUCAUGUCUUUCGCCUCCAGCUCAACGAGUACCUUGACGCCAUACGUUACAAGCGACUUUCAAGAGCACUCCCUUACAGCCCUCACCAGUGUCAUCUCUUCCAUCGUCGCCGGUAUCUGGAAGCUCCCAUACGCCAAGAUCAUGAACAUCUGGGGACGUCCUACUGCACUCUGCAUUGGCGUUACCUGCUACAUCAUCGGUCUAAUCAUCAUGGCUAGCUGCAACGGCGUCAAGGCGUACUGCGCCGCCCAGACCUUCUUCUAUACCGGUUACAAUAGCAUUGACUUCUUCAUGACCGUCUUCAUCGCCGAUACCUCUAAACUUAAGAACCGAGGGUUCUUCAUCGGCUAUGCGGCUUCCCCAUGGCUCAUCACUACGUGGAUUUAUGGGUAUGCUGUCAACAGUGCCAUUGCUCCUGGAGGCAUUGGUUGGCGAUGGAACUUUGGCAUCUUCGCCAUCAUUGCCCCCAUAGUCUGCUCGCCUUUGAUCUUCAUGUUCUUCCUGUACGAGGGCAGAGCUCGUAGGCAGGGUCUCCUCCCCGCACGACCAAGCCGUGGGAAUUUCAGCCAAACUGCCUUCUACUACCUGCGCGAGUUCGAUGCCGUUGGUCUCCUCAUUCUAGCUUCCGGUCUCUCGCUCUUCUUGCUCAGCUUCAACCUUUAUUCCCGCCAAGCCAAGGGCUGGAAGUCUCCUUUGAUUAUUUGCUUCAUCAUCUUUGGUGCGCUCCUCAUUGCGGCAUUUGGCAUCUGGGAGAAGUUUGGCGCUUCUGUCACCUUCAUCCCGUGGUCCCUUCUGAAGAACCGGACCGUCAUCUUCACUUACACCAUGGCUGGCUCGCUCUACAUUGGCUGGUACAUUUGGGAUACAUACUUCUACUCGCUGCUCAUCGUCGUGUUCAACCAGACCGUCCCUCAUGCUACCUACAUUGCCAACAUUUACACAAUGGGAAGCUGCUUCUGUUGCCUCGUAUAUGGACUGGCUCUACGCCGUUACGGAAAGCUCAAGAUGUACUCGCUCUUCAUGGGCGUUCCGCUCACCAUGCUUGGUGUCGGUCUCAUGAUCAAGUUCCGUCAGCCUGACGAGAACAUUGGCUACAUUGUCAUGUGCAUGAUCUUCAUCGCCUUUGGUGGUGGCAUCCUUGUUACUUCGGAGCAAACAACUCUUAUGGCUGUCUCCAAGCAGCAGGACUUCCCUGCUCUGUUGGCUGUCGAGUCCAUGAUUAUCGCUAUUGGUAGUGCGAUUGGUUCCACUAUCGCAGGAGCCAUCUGGACCGGUGUCUUCCCUGCGAGACUCUCGGCCAACUUGCCUGCUGAUGCAAUGGAGAACUUCACUGCGAUCUACGGCGAUCUGAACACACAGUCGAGCUACCCGAUCGGCAGCCCGACUCGCGAUGCCAUCAACCUGAGCUAUGGCCAGACGCAGAGGUACAUGCUCAUCGCUGCUACAUGCGUCUACACAAUCACCCUGUUCAGUGUGGCAAUGUGGCAGAAUGUCGAUGUUAGGACGAUGAAGCAGAGGACUAUUGGUCUUUUGUAA